AUGCGACAAGCGACAGUUCAAGCGGGCCGUACUGCUCGGCUUGCCAAUAUCGCCGCUAAGCGGCCGUGCCCGUUCUCCUUCAACCAGCUGCGCGGUCUUCGAUCAUACUCCAGUGGCAAGCGCUCAUAUAACGCUCCGGUAGCUGCCAAUACCUCCAUGCAUCGCCGAACCCUCUCACUCGCCGUGUUAUCCACCGUCGUUGCUUCCGGGGCCUGGUAUACUUAUCAGGGUGACACCGUGAGAUCAGCCGCCUCUCAAAUCCGGGGAUUCGCAUCUAGUGCCCUUAACUCCGCCUACGCCGAAGAUCCCACAGAGUCCACGCGCCGUGCAUUGCUAGUCAGCGGCGACCAAUUCUAUACUGCCACGCUCUCCGGGGACCAGCCCCUCGCCAAACAUACAGACGACUCAGAUCGCCAGGUCCUAGAGAUGUUGACACCAGAGCAAGCAACACAGAAGCUACGCAAGAAUGAGGAGUCAUACUUGGUGAACCGGGGCAAGGGUGUCGUCCGAUAUGACGUGGUUCAAGUUGCCAGCAAUUCCCCCAUCGAGGAUGACCAUGCGGAGAAGAUUGUCGAGAUCCCGGCAUCCGUGGCUGCUGUUAGCAACGGCGAACCAAGCAGUGAUUGGAUGUUCUGGGCAGUAUUUGAUGGCCACUCGGGCUGGACAACCUCUGCCAAACUGCGCAAUGUGUUGAUCUCAUAUGUCGCCCGUGAACUGAACACUACCUACAAGAGUGCUUCUGCCGACCCAUCACUUGUCGUGCCAACAUCCGAGGCCAUUGAUUCUGCCAUCAAGCAGGGCUUCGUUCGUCUCGACCAUGACAUUGUGCACGAAAGUGUGAAGGAGGUCCUGAAGUCUAAGGAACGCCGCGUUGCCGCCGAGCUUCUCGCCCCUGCUCUCUCCGGAUCGUGUGCUCUUCUCAGCUUCUACGAUUCCCAGUCCAAGGAUCUCAAGGUCGCAGUGACCGGAGACUCUCGUGCGGUUCUCGGUCGUCGUGGCCCUAGUGGAAAAUGGACCGCCAAGGCGCUUUCCGAGGACCAGACUGGUGGCACGCCAUCAGAGAUUCAACGUCUGCGUGAGGAGCACCCUGGCGAGCCCUACGUGACUAAGAACGGUCGAAUUCUGGGCCAGCUUGAGCCCAGUCGCGCGUUCGGUGAUGCUUUCUACAAGUGGAGCCGAGAUGUCCAGGAUGUUAUCAAAGCCAAGUUCUUUGGACGGACCCCUCACCCCAUGUUGAAGACACCGCCUUACGUUACUGCUGAGCCCGUCAUCACCACCACCAAGGUCGAUCCCUCAAAGGGUGACUUCAUUGUCAUGGCGACCGACGGUUUGUGGGAGAUGCUGAGCAACGAAGAGGUUGUCGGCCUCGUCGGCCAGUGGGUCGAGCAACAGCAGUCUGCGAUGGCAAGCGGCAGCACUAGCAAGGCUUGGUUGCAGAGUUGGUUUGGUAGCCAGAAGGAGCUGCCCGUCGAGACCGCGGCUGAUGGAUCGGCCGGAGGUCAACGGCGCCCUAUCCGCCAGCAGCAGUAUGAUAUUGCUGGUGCAGCUAGCCGGUUCGUCGUCGAGGACAAGAACGCGGCUACGCAUCUUGUGCGGAACGCUAUGGGCGGAAAGGACAAGGACAUGGUUUGUGCUCUACUGACAUUGCCAAGUCCCUACUCUCGUCGCUACCGUGACGACGUCACCGUUGAGGUUAUCUUCUUCGGCCAGGGUCCUGACUCACGCACUGUUGAGAUCAACAAGGAAGCAAGUGCCUCUGAGCAACCCGUCAAGUCUAAACUAUAG